GGGCGGGGCCUUUGCGUAACAGUCCUACAACAACAGCGGCGGCGUGGAGAGGCGCUUCCGCAGGGAUCCGUGUCACUUUCCGCCGAAGCGAGCGGAAGCAUGGCGGGCAGCUGGUGGAGCGGCGCCGCGGUGAGCCACGGGCUCACGGCCAUGUUCGCCAUGGGCUCGUGGGUGUCCGUGAACAGCCUGUGGGUGGAGCUGCCGGUGGUGGUGCGGAAGCUUCCCGAAGGCUGGAACCUUCCUGCGUACCUCUCGGUUCUCAUUGCCUUUGGGAACCUGGGGCCGAUCGCAGUGACCGUGAUGCACCACUGCGCUCCGGGUCGUCUGAACGAGCGCGUCGCCAUCCACUGCAUCCAGGCGCUGGCGGUGGUGGCGUCGGUCUUCUUGGCCAUUUUCUGGUCCUACAAGGUACCGAUCGCAGGUUUGGAGCGGUCCCUCCCCUUCCUGCUCCUCAGCUUCGUCCUGGCCCUCGUCUGCUGCACUUCCACCGUCACCUUCCUGCCGUUCAUGUUCCGCUAUCCGCCCGAGUACAUCCGCACGUUCUUCAUCGGCCAGGGCUUCAGCGCCCUGUUCCCCUGCGUUGUGGCGUUGGGCCAGGGCGUCAGCAAGCUGGAGUGUAAAACCGUCAACGGCACAGUGACGCCGGAGACUUUGGAGGAGAGCUUCCCCGCCCAGAACUUCUUCUGGUUCCUGUUCGUGAUGCUGACGCUCUCAGCUCUGAGCUUCGUGGCGUUAACGAGAAGAAAGACCGACUCCCAGCAGGAGACGUCGCCGCCCAAACGGUCCAACAGCGCCGAGGCCGUAAAGAACGGAGAAGAGACGCACCGGCUGUACAACGGAGGAACGCCAGUGUCCGAGGAACAGGUCCAGGUGGAGGUGGAGCCAGCGGCGCCGACGUUCUGGACCUCACGGAACAUCUACCUGCUGGCGCUGCUCGCCGUGUCCAACGCCCUCACCAACGGCGUCCUUCCGUCCGUGCAGAGCUUCUCCUGCUUGCCGUACAACAACAUGACCUUCCACCUCUCCGUGGUCCUGGGGAACAUCGCCAACCCUCUGGCUUGUUUCCUGGCCAUGUUUGUGGUGCUCAGGUCCUCUGCAGGUCUGGGCUUCCUGUCUCUGGCGGCGGGCGUGUUCGCUGCGUACCUGUUGGCGCUGGCGGCCCUCAGCCCCUGCCCGCCGCUCCAGGGAAGCAUCGCAGGAAAGGCCUUAGUGGUCGUCUCCUGGAUCGCCUUCACCGGCCUCUUCUCCUACCUGAAGGUGGUGGUCAGCACUCUGCUCCACGAGGCGGGUCACGCCGCGCUGCUCUGGUGCGGCAUCUCCAUCCAGGCGGGCUCCCUGGUCGGAGCGCUCACCAUGUUCCCUCUGGUGAACGUCUACCAGGUGUUCGUCAGGGCCCAGGACUGCGUGGACGUCUGCAGUUAGCGGGACCUAUCCUCCUCCUCCUCCUCCUCCUGCUCCUCCUGCUCCUCCUCCUCCUGCUCCUCCUGCUGGGACACGAGGUGGUGCCGGUGCGGAGGUGCAGACAGGGACAUUCCUGGGUAGCUGGGACCGGUCAGCCAGGAGCUCCUCUGGUUCUUAUGGGUUAAAAGGACAUGAAGAUAAGCUGCUGAUGGAAGCUCCUCAUCAUCUCCAUUAGGUUCUUCAUUCCUCAUGUUGCCCCCCCCCCCCCAGCAGACAGCCAUAGCACAAAGUGCCUCAACAUUCCCUGGAAGAUGUUUGGCUGUUGGACCUUUGCAGUUUUCCUUCGGUUCGAACAUUUUGCUAAACUCAUUUUUAAGUUUUGGGGAUUUGUUUUUCUCCAGGUUCACUUUUGUUUCCCCUUUGGGAACGGAGACCUGCGGACGCGUUUCACUGCCAGACGUGAUAAAUGAACUCAGGAGCAGUACCUCGUUAAAACGAGAGGAUGUUUUACUGCUUUUAAUCCGUUUUAACAAUUAACAGGCGCUGUCCACGCCGUCAUUUUGACUGAAUUUGAAGUUUAUAAGUUACUAAAUUGAAUCAGCCAAACAAUGUUUAUUAAAUAAAUUAAUCUUGCAAUGAGUUUACUCGUGUGGCCCUCUUGAGAUCAGAUUAAGCUGAAUGCGGCCCCUAAACCAAAAUUAGUUUGACACCCCUGGUCUAUAGAGAAAAAACGCCAAACCGUCCUGUGGCGUCUUUAUUUCUGCUAACAAUUAAAAGAAAGCCUGGUGGUGAAAAACGGAUUUUUCCUGCAGGAUUUCCUGAAAUAUAACGUUUUUAAAAGGUGUUGAAUAAAAAAAAAAAAGAAACAUCUAA